AUGUGCGAAAAGGGCAUCCUCAUCUGGACCUGCGGAUGCACUCAUCUCCAAGACCCGCGCCCCUGCCACAAAGCUCGCUUUCGCAACAAAGCCUGCAAUGGCUACGCUUUCACCUGGGUUUACCGCACGCCCAUACCUCUCCAUACGUCUCUACGCUGCCCUUCCUGCAUCCGCGUCGACGAAGCCAACGCACUCCGCAAAGAAAACGAAGCCCUUCUUGCCAGGUCAUCCGCCUAUCCUACUCUAAAGUCUGUGGCUACCGGUGACGACAGCCACAGAGUCAGAGCAGGACGACCAACGUUCUCGCGCACAGCAUCAGGGACACAGAUACACAGAGUGCCUGACAAUUGGUCGAGUGAGAUGAACAGAUUGCCAGGCAACGCGAACGAGUAUUCUGCUUUCUUGGCUGGGAGGUUUGAUCCUCUGGUCAGGCUGCCAGAUACACACAUCCCUCUACCGCAGACUUCUCGAGCGGUAUCUCCUACCAAACCCACGGAGGAGCUCGAAGUAGGGGCCAGAGACAUGCCUGUCCCAAUGCAGAGGUUAAGAUCUCAUGCGCCGCCGCAGUGUUGGCCGGGACCUGUGGUGUUGGGUGAAGAUGACUACCCCUACGUUGAGUUCAGGGGCGCAUUGUCAGCUAGACCUGGAGCGAGUAGGCGACCUUCUUACACGGGGAGAGUGCUGGAUAAGGGGUGGGCGCCGCCGAGUAGUGGGACAUUGCCGCCGCAGAGUGAUUUGGAUACUGCGCCGCCUUCUCAGGUGCCGUCGCCGCAGUUAAAGGCUUCUCCGCCACGGCUGAGAAUUGCUUCUUCGGAAUGA